AUGAAAACGAUGUACAAAGUCUUUCACUUCGAGAAUCACGGGCUCGGCAGUUGUGCUGAACUGUCACUCGCCUCCAAGACUGUCUUUGCAUCGUCCACUUUUGCCGAAACUCGGUAUCGGCCACUUGCAAUAGAGCCCAGCCGUACAGUCGAAACCGAGUAUGCGGAUGGCCCGUUUAAGUGCCACCAUCGACACGCCAUGCUUCGUCUCGACUCAAUCUUACUACUUUCAGCAGCACUACUUGCACUACUGACCACUUUUUGCAAAAGCCGUUCGAUUUGUACUACUCUACUCACCGCCCAUUUCAGUAGUGCUGACUCAUCUGCUCUCGCUGUCGACGCAACGGCCAUUUUGAUCGAGUCCUGCAGCUGA